CUGUCUCUCCGCCCGGCCUUCGAACGCGCCACUCCUCGCACAUUCCCGUCGGGAAUCCGCCUCCUCGGGCUUCGCCGCAAUCCUACGCUACCUCUCCGGCUCUCGCACCCACCCCCGAACACGCGCACACCAGAUUCACACCGCGCCGUGCGGCCGCUGCCUCUAGCUAGCUGAAGGCUGCAGGCGCGUAGCCGGCCGGGCGGCGGACAAGCGUGGUCGCGAGCUGGUGACGCUGUCGCGCGGCGAGCCAGCUUCUCCGGGAUCGACAAGCCGGGAGCGACGAUCAGGGCGAGACCGAGAGGAAGGCCGCGCGAUCACAGCAUGUUCGAGGGGAUGGAGAGGGCGGGGUACGGCGGCGCUUCGGCGAUGGGCGGUGUGGUGCUGUCGCGGGACCCCAAGCCAAGGCUGCGGUGGACGCCCGACCUGCACGAGCGCUUCGUCGAGGCCGUCACCAAGCUCGGCGGGCCCGACAAAGCGACGCCCAAGUCGGUGCUGAGGCUGAUGGGAAUGAAAGGGCUCACCUUGUACCACCUCAAGAGUCAUCUCCAGAAAUACAGGCUUGGAAAACAGAGCAAGAAAGAUACAGGCUUGGAAGCCAGCAAAGGGGCAUUCGCAGCACAGGGCAUCAAUUUCUCUGCUCCAGUACCUCUUAGCAUUCCAUCUACGGCCGGUAACAAUACGGGAGAAAUGCCACUUGCGGAUGCGCUUAAGUACCAAAUUGAAGUCCAAAGGAAACUCCACGAGCAGCUUGAGGUGCAGAAGAAGCUGCAAAUGCGAAUCGAGGCGCAAGGAAAAUACCUGCACACAAUUUUAGAGAAAGCCCAGAACAACCUGUCCUAUGACGCAACAGGAGCUGCCAACCUGGAGGCAAGCAGAUCGCAGCUGACAGACUUCAACCUCGCGCUCUCAGGUUUCAUGGACAAUGUGUCACAAGUGUGUGAGCAAAACAAUGGCGAACUGGCGAAAGCCAUGACCGAGGACAAUCUCACAGCGAGCAAUCUAGGCUUUCAACUGUACCAUGGUGUUCACGACGGCGAGGAUGUCAAGUGCACUCCAGAUGAAGGAUUGCUGCUUCUGGAUCUGAACAUCAGAGGAGGCUACGAUCACCUGUCUGCGGCGGAUUUGAAGAUGAACCAGCACAUGAGGUGAAAAAAAACAGUAGAAGGAUGACACAAUAGUUUAAUCUAAGAGUUCCCCUUGUGGUGUGAGAAAUUCUUUUGGCAAUCCCAAGGAUGCUUGUUUACAGCGUUGGUUUAAUGUAAAAUUUGUGGCAAGAGACUCCGAAUAAGCAUAGCAAUUGAGCUAAUCUUAUACGAGAUCUGUGUAAUACAUAUGUAUCUAGAAUCCAAAAAGCUGCAAUAUGGGGUCAUGCUGCGUUUGCAGCAGGGUAA